CUGUCCUUCCGUCUCACGGCCCACGAAGCGGCCGGGCGCUCACCAUGGCGACGUUCAUUUCGGUGCAGCUGAAGAAGACCUCGGAGGUGGACCUGGCCAAGCCUCUGGUGAAGUUCAUCCAGCAGACCUACCCGAGCGGCGGCGAGGAGCAGGCCCAGUACUGCCGCGCGGCCGAGGAGCUCAGCAAGCUGCGCCGCACAGCGCUCGGCCGCCCGCUGGACAAGCACGAGGGCGCGCUGGAGACGCUGCUGAGAUAUUAUGAUCAGAUUUGUUCCAUUGAACCCAAAUUCCCAUUUUCUGAAAAUCAGAUCUGCUUGACAUUCACUUGGAAGGAUGCUUUUGAUAAAGGUUCCCUUUUUGGAGGAUCUGUAAAACUGGCUCUUGCAAGCUUAGGAUAUGAAAAGAGCUGUGUGUUAUUCAAUUGUGCAGCUUUAGCUAGCCAGAUCGCAGCAGAACAGAACCUGGAUAAUGAUGAAGGAUUGAAAACAGCUGCUAAGCAGUAUCAGUUUGCUAGUGGUGCCUUUUUACAUAUUAAAGAGACAGUUUUAUCUGCCUUAAGUCGAGAGCCUACUGUGGACAUAUCUCCAGAUACUGUUGGGACCCUCAGUCUUAUUAUGCUGGCACAAGCCCAAGAAGUAUUUUUUUUAAAGGCCACAAGAGAUAAAAUGAAAGAUGCCAUCAUAGCUAAGCUGGCGAAUCAGGCUGCAGAUUAUUUUGGUGAUGCUUUCAAACAGUGUCAGUACAAAGACACUCUCCCCAAGGAGGUGUUCCCUGUCUUGGCUGCAAAGCACUGCAUCAUGCAGGCCAACGCUGAGUACCACCAGUCCAUCCUGGCAAAGCAGCAGAAGAAAUUUGGGGAAGAGAUCGCAAGGUUGCAGCAUGCAGCAGAAUUGAUUAAGACUGUGGCCUCUCGUUAUGAUGAAUAUGUCAACGUGAAGGAUUUUUCUGACAGAAUCAACCGUGCCCUUACUGCAGCAAAGAAGGAUAAUGACUUCAUUUAUCAUGAUCGGGUUCCAGACCUUAAAGAUCUGGAUCCUAUCGGCAAAGCCACACUUGUGAAGUCCACCCCAGUCAGUGUACCCAUCAGCCAGAAAUUCACUGAUUUGUUUGAGAAAAUGGUACCUGUGUCUGUGCAGCAGUCCUUGGCUGUGUUUAAUCAGAGGAAAGCUGACUUGGUUAACAGAUCAAUUGCUCAGAUGAGAGAAGCUACCACCUUAGCAAAUGGGGUAUUGGCAUCUCUCAACCUUCCAGCAGCAAUUGAAGAUGUGUCUGGAGACACUGUACCUCAAUCUAUAGUGACCAAAUCUGCAUCUGUGGUUGAACAGGGAGGCAUACAGACUGUAGACCAGCUGAUAAAAGAGCUGCCUGAACUACUUCAAAGAAAUAGAGAAAUCUUAGAUGAGUCACUAAGAUUGUUGGAUGAAGAAGAAGCAACUGAUAAUGAUUUAAGAGCAAAAUUCAAGGAACGCUGGCAAAGGACUUCUUCCAAUGACCUCUACAAGCCUUUAAGAGCAGAGGGAGCCAACUUCAGAGUGGUUUUAGAUAAAGCUGUACAAGCUGAUGGACAAGUGAAAGAACGAUACCAGGCCCAUCGAGACACUAUCGCAUUGCUGUGUAAACCGGAGCCUGAACUGAAUGCCGCCAUCCCCUCUGCUAACCCAGCAAAGACCAUGCAGGGCAGCGAGGUUGUAAAUGUCUUAAAAUCUUUACUGUCGAAUCUUGAUGAAGUGAAGAAAGAGAGAGAGGGUCUUGAGAAUGACCUGAAGUCAGUGAAUUUUGACAUGACAAGCAAGUUUUUGACAGCGCUGGCUCAGGAUGGCGUGAUAAAUGAAGAAGCUCUUUCUGUGACUGAACUGGAUCGAAUCUACGGCGGUCUUACAACUAAAGUCCAAGAAUCGCUAAAGAAACAGGAGGGACUUCUAAAAAAUAUACAGGUCUCACACCAGGAAUUUUCAAAAAUGAAGCAGUCUAACAAUGAAGCCAACUUGAGAGAAGAAGUUUUGAAGAGUUUGGCUGCUGCCUAUGACAACUUUGUUGAACUUGUUGCUAAUUUGAAGGAGGGCACAAAGUUUUACAAUGAGCUGACUGAAAUCCUGGUCAGGUUCCAGAACAAAUGCAGUGACAUCGUGUUUGCACGGAAGACAGAAAGAGAUGAGCUUUUAAAGGACUUGCAGCAAAGCAUUGCCAGAGAACCUAGUGCUCCUUCAAUCCCGACCCCUGCAUACCAGUCGUCCCCAGCAGGAGGACAUGCACCGGCUCCUCCAACUCCAGCUCCAAGAACCAUGCCACCUGCUAAGCCCCAACCCCCAGCCCGGCCUCCACCUCCUGUGCUUCCAGCAAACCGAGUUCCUCCUACUGCUGCUCCCACGGGGGCUGGGGCGGCUCCACCAGCUCCAACGCAGACACCUAGCUCUGCUCCCCCUCCACAGGCCCAGGGACCACCAUACCCUACCUACCCAGGAUAUCCCGGGUAUUGCCAAAUGCCCAUGCCCAUGGGCUACAACCCCUACGCUUACGGCCAGUACAACAUGCCAUACCCGCCAGUGUACCACCAGAGCCCGGGACAGGCUCCGUACCCAGCGCCGCAGCAGCCUGCCUAUCCCUUCCCUCAGCCCCCGCAGCAGUCGUACUAUCCGCAGCAGUAAUACUUCUGCUCAGUGUCAGCUGGUUCAGAUCAGAGGGAGAAAUACCAACUCUGCAAUAAGUCACUAAACUCCGUGCUCUGGUUACCCUAGUGUACCUUGCUGUACUGAAUGCCGUGUAUGUUCCUGUCUGCAGCUAAAAGCCAAAAGCUGGGCCCCAGUUCCACGUUUGAUUGCACAUGUGAGGUUUUGCUGCUGUUGCAGCAUAAAUACUAGGUAUAAUAGGAUUUGAAAAAAUUUUACCAUUCAGAAAAGUUGAAAAUGAGAAAUUAAGCCUGCAAGUGAAACUUGACACACUUUCUACAUAAGGUGCGGUUGGGACAUCAGACACGUAUAAAGAAGGCUUACGUACUGAUAUACAAGGAAACAAAGUUUUCUUUCUCUUUUGGUUUAUUGAUUUAGUUUAAUUUCCAUUAUGAUAUUUUGCAUAAUCAAGGCACUGUAAAUCUUAUAAUUUAAAAAUAAAUGACUUAAGAACAGUUAUCAUUGUUAUGUUUUGUCACUGACUCUCAUUACUGUCUAAUUCCUUUCUGGUAUUAGCUAGCUUUCAUUUUGUGUGUCCACAGGUUAAGCAUACUGUGUUUCAGUGCAUGAGCAGUGCUAGCUAGUCAGGUUCAAGGAUACUCACAGGAAGGCUGACUGGCACCAUGCUUUGUCAUAUGCUGGUUGGCCAGCUUAUUUUGACAUUUAUUUUCAAAAGUCCUGUAAUGUGGAAAACACACAUAUCGUUACCAAAGAGUCUUCAAAUAAAUAUAAAAAUCAAACAAGUAUAUAUUUAAUGUUUUAUUGUUAGCUUCUCCAAGAAAAUGAUGCAGAUUCUGGUAAUAACUCAGAUGUGCCCCACAUCCUCCCCCCUGUAAUCUGGUUAAGCUCGGUAGCUGCAAUUGGGGGUACUGUCUAAUGUAGCAGAAUUGUUUAAGGAAAUCUAUGUUCUUUUAUCCCUUUAUUCCACUUCACUCUUACUGGUAACACUUUAUGUAUAGUGUGUUUGAAUAGAUUUAACCCUUCCUUUUAAAAAUUUUAAUUUUUUUGUGGCUCCUAAAAGAUGAAGUUAUUUUAUAAUUCAGGGAGCCUACAGAGCAAUUGCUGGGAACACACGCUGAGUCUGGAACAGGCUGCACCCUCGGUGCGAGCCUCUGCUGUGAGGAUGUUUGCUGCUGUAUAAGCCUCAGUAGAGAUAAAGAAGAUGCAUCCUGGAACAGGAAGCUGUACAGGCCAGGGCCCACCAGGGUCUAAGUGGUGUUUGUUCCAUGUGAAGUUCUUUUCUGAACACAUUGGGUGUAUGAGCAGAUUUCUAAUCUGUUUGUUUUCUGAAUUUAAUGCUGGCCUUUUCUUGAGUUAUUAUUUCAUUUAAAUGAUAUUGUCACUGGUCCACUGUUGGUUUUAUGGACAAUUUAGAUUUAUAUUUUAAAUGUAAGACUGAAGAUAUGAUUGUAAAAGGGAAUAAUAAAUCGGUUUAAAAUAUAUAUGUAUAUUAAAAAAAACUUUGUUGUCUGUAGAAAGCACAAAGACAUGUUAAUUCAAAAGAAAUGAUUGAUAAUCUGGAAUAUGACAUUGGCUUAAGCCCAUUAGUUAAACCUUGGCAAAAAAUUGCCUUUAAACAUAUCACUGCUAAGUUUUAAUACUUUGGAUUCCUCGUGUGAGAUGGGCUUAUUUGACUCCUCUGUGAAUAACAUUUAAGUACCUUAUAUUGACAUAAGACACCCAGUGAGUUAGGGAUUUCCCAGAUUGCUAGUCUAUACUCUUUACUAAUGCAACAACAACAAAAAUGUUGGCCUGAAUAUUCUCUUGGGAAAGGGAGCAGGGGACUACAGGAAAAGCAAGUACAUCAGAGGGCCAAAGGGACAGGUGAGGCCAACUGCCAUUCCCUGUUGAACUAGGCUGUUCCUGCAGAGCCACAGGCUGGUCAGAGAUGGUAGGGGAGCUCUCAGGCCCUAAGGCAGCCCCUUCGAGCAGCCUGCUAGCUUAGCUCUUUAGCAAAGCCUCUGCUGUGUGGUAGCCCAGGCCAUCCUCUCUUGCUAGUUGGUAAAGGUGAUCCUCUGGUCCCUCGGGUUAGGUACCAUUGACCACAGUGCUAGUCUUGCCUCCUUGCGCCUGUCUAGUGUCACAAUGGAAAUCCUCUUAGGCCUGCUUUGCAUUCUAGCAAACAAGGCAGCGUUCACUGGGGUUGAUUUGUUAACCAAAUUUUUUAGUCCUUUGCCUAGCCCCUGUGCUCUAUGCAACACCCUAAAACAUUACUAUGGAUGAUGCUGUUUAUUUGAAGGUAGAAGAUUCCUCCCUGGCUCAAGUAUGUUAUCCUGUGUUUAUGAUCAGACGUCUCUUACCUUCUUAAACUAAGGGACUUAGUCACCAGGCUAUAUAUGUUGGUUUCCUAAUUCCAUUAUGAAAUGAGUUACACAUCAACUGUUGAAACUCUCCAUAAAGGAACUAGUCAGAAGUAGGAGAAAAGCCAUCUGACAAUGUGAAUUUCUUGUCCUUAGUUGGAGAUGGCUUGACUUCUUGGUGAUCUAGAGGAUUGUUCCUUGGCCCUGUGGCCUCUGGUCUUACUCGAGAAAAGCAGGAUAUGUCACUACAAAGCAGUGAGACAGCCCUGAACCCACACUCAAGCACCUUUGCAAUUUUUAAGGCCUCCUCAUCCCAUCCCAGUGUGAAUGUGGAUUUCAAUCUUGUACCCACCCUGUCCCAGUCAGCAAACAAGUUUUAGAAAUGUUUUCCAUUUGAGUUUUAUAGCAAAAAGUUGAUUUGUACACAUUUUCUAAUUUCAUGAACAGGAUAAAAUAAAAUUUGUUAAGUAGACUUUAGUUUGCUAAUGGGGAUUUAAAAAUAAUAUAUCUUACAGAGUCUUGCUGUAACCCAGUGGCAGCUUUUUUUUUUUUUUUUUUUUUAAAAGCCUUCUGGAUUCACAGUACAGAACAGGAUAUAAAGCAGGACAAAACCAUGUGAUAGUGUUACAAGUGCUAGUUUAUACAGACUGCAGAAUUAAAUGGUUAUUACAAGAUUUACGUGGAGGAGCAAAGCCGGAAAAUUAUAUUUUUAAAGAAAGAGAAUAUUCAGGCUUAUUUCUGGUAUGAAGUUUAUAUUUUUUAAAAAAAUAUCCUAUAUUAUCACACCAGAGAUUCAGAUUCCUUUCGGUUACAGACAUUGCUGGUGGUUGGAUUAUAUUUUUAUUGUAUUCUUUUCUCUUAGGGGGAAAAUUGUAAAGAAACAAAAGAUUCCAGAUGAAUGUAUCCUAGAAAUAAAAGUUGAAAGAUUCUUACUUCCA